GAAGUUGAGAGUUCGAUCGGUAGCGGGAGCGGAGAGCGGACCCCAGAGAGCCCUGAGCAGCCCCACCGCCGCCGCCGGCCUAGUUACCAUCACACCCCGGGAGGAGCCGCAGCUGCCGCAGCCGGCCCCAGUCACCAUCACCGCAACUAUGAGCAGCGAGGCCGAGACCCAGCAGCCGCCCGCCGCCCCCCCCGCCGCCCCCGCCCUCAGCGCUGCCGACAGCAAGCCCGGCACGACGGGCAGCGGCGCAGGGAGCGGCGGCCCGGGCGGCCUCACAUCGGCGGCGCCUGCCGGCGGGGACAAGAAGGUCAUCGCAACGAAGGUUCUGGGAACAGUAAAAUGGUUCAAUGUAAGAAACGGAUAUGGUUUCAUCAACAGGAAUGACACCAAGGAAGAUGUAUUUGUACACCAGACUGCCAUAAAGAAGAAUAACCCCAGGAAGUACCUUCGCAGUGUAGGAGAUGGAGAGACUGUGGAGUUUGAUGUUGUUGAAGGAGAAAAGGGUGCGGAGGCAGCAAAUGUUACAGGCCCUGGUGGAGUUCCAGUGCAAGGCAGUAAAUACGCAGCAGACCGUAACCAUUAUAGACGCUAUCCACGUCGCAGGGGUCCUCCACGCAAUUACCAGCAGAACUACCAGAAUAGUGAGAGUGGGGAAAAGAAUGAGGGAUCGGAGAGCGCUCCCGAAGGCCAGGCCCAACAGCGCCGGCCCUACCGCAGGCGGAGGUUCCCACCUUACUACAUGCGGAGACCCUACGGGCGUCGACCACAGUACUCCAACCCUCCUGUGCAGGGAGAAGUGAUGGAGGGUGCUGACAACCAGGGUGCAGGAGAGCAAGGUAGACCAGUGAGACAGAAUAUGUAUCGGGGCUACAGACCACGAUUCCGCAGGGGCCCUCCUCGCCAAAGACAGCCCAGAGAGGACGGCAAUGAAGAAGAUAAGGAAAACCAAGGAGAUGAGACCCAAGGUCAGCAGCCACCUCAACGUCGGUACCGCCGCAACUUCAAUUACCGACGCAGACGCCCAGAAAACCCUAAACCACAAGAUGGCAAAGAGACAAAAGCAGCCGAUCCACCAGCUGAGAAUUCGUCCGCUCCCGAGGCUGAGCAGGGCGGGGCUGAGUAAAUGCCGGCUUACCAUCUCUACCAUCAUCCGGUUUAGUCAUCCAACAAGAAGAAAUGAAUAUGAAAUUCCAGCAA